GAAAUUUCGAGUAAACACACACAAAUAAUAAUUCGCAAUUCGCGAGGAAAAGUGUAAAAAUAAACUUGCGAUAUUGAAUCGGGCGCAGAAAACAAGCGCGAAAAGUGCAAGUGUCGAAAGGAACGAGGGAACAACCACAAAAGUGUGUGAAAUAGGCCACACAACGCCCUCAACAUGGCCCUCCUGCUGGUCCAUCUGCGUCGCCUCAUUCUGCUGCUGAGCGUCGUCUACCUGGCCGGUGCAGUCUUUCGCCGCCUCCUAACAGAACGACACCACGCCCACAUGCUGCAGCUGGGCGGGGGUCCCUACAACAACAACUGGACCUCCAAGCCCCUGCACUUUCAGUGGUGGGCCUACAUCUACACCUGCUAUGCCUAUGUGGUGCUGGUAAACUACGUGAACUUGCGACAGCUGACGAACCUAAUCGAGUUCUUGCUAAGUUGAUAUCUGAUAUCUGAAAUGGCUGGUGUUGUUAAUUAGGCUAAUUAGGGUUCCAAAAUGCAAUUAAAUAAACACAUUAUUUCAAUUGGAUGAGAA